AUGACGGGCACCCAGGAGCCAGACCUGCAUGAGCAGCAGCAUAGAGGACCAACAGAGGAGGAAGGGGAUGGAGAGGAGGGGGAAAAGGUGCAUGUAUCAGUUGAGGGAGAGGAGAGGCAGCGGGAGAAGGAGAAAGAGGAGGAGGCGGUGGAGGUGCAUGAGGAGGAAAAGGAGGAGCUUCCGUACCCCACUCUAGCACCGGUGGUCCUUUUGGCUCUGACCCAAACCAGCCCGCCUCGGUCCUGGUGCCUUCGGGCCGUCUGCCACCCAUGGUUUGAGCGUGUGAGUAUUUUAGCGAUCCUGCUGAACUGUGUGACCCUAGGGAUGUUCCAGCCCUGUGGCCACACCCCCUUCCUGCUGCAGGCCCUGGAUGAUGGGAUCUUCAUAUUUUUUGCCGGGGAAAUGGUGGUGAAGAUGGUGGCGCUCGGGGUCAUAGGUCAGAAUGGUUACCUAGGCGACACAUGGAACAGAUUGGACUUCUUUAUUGUUAUAGUGGGAAUGUUGGAGUAUUCUCUUGAUGGACACAACGUCAGCCUAUCAGCUAUCCGAACUGUACGAGUUCUCCGCCCGCUCCGAGCCAUUAACAGAGUUCCCAGUAUGCGCAUCCUGGUGACCCUCCUGCUCGAUACCCUCCCCAUGCUGGGCAACGUGCUGGCGCUGUGCUUCUUUGUCUUCUUCAUCUUUGGCAUUGUCGGUGUGCAGCUGUGGGCAGGGCUUUUGAGGAACCGCUGUUUCAUGGGAGAGGAUGUCAAGAUGAGAUAUAAUGUUUCCUUUCUGAGUGGCUAUUAUCGGCCCGAUGGAACAGAAGACCAUCCCUUCAUCUGCUCGACAGAGAGAGAAAACGGGAUGCUUCGGUGCUCGGAUGUGCCUCGUCGCCGUGUGGAUGGAACUUACUGCUCCCUGGGUGCAGAGGAGGCUCGUCCAGAUACGGGACUUAGAAUAGAUGAGCCUGUUUCAUGUGUGAACUGGUACCAGUAUUACAACGAGUGUCGAGCCGGGGAACUAAACCCACACAAAGGAGCCAUUAACUUUGACAACAUUGGAUAUGCAUGGAUUGCCAUUUUUCAGGUUAUUACUCUAGAAGGCUGGGUAGAUAUCAUGUACUACGUCAUGGAUGCACAUUCCUUCUAUAACUUCAUUUAUUUCUUCUUCCUCAUUAUAGUGGGCUCCUUUUUCAUGAUCAACCUGUGCCUGGUUGUCAUAGCAACUCAAUUUUCGGAAACAAAGCAGAGAGAACAUGCCUUAAUGAAAUCGGAGCAACACGCCCGUCAACUCCACCAAUCAGCUUCCACUUUGGCCAGUGAUAGCCAACCAGGAAGCUGCUACGAGGAGAUAAUCCGCUACAUGGCGCACCUGGGCCGUAAGGCGUGGCGUCGACUGUCUCGCUGCUUAGCUCAUAUACGUAUGCACUUCCGCAACAAGUGUGUGUGCCUAAGAGAUAGAGGCAGUGGACCUGCCAGAGGGGGUGGAGUCGGUGAGAUGAAUGGACUUGCCCAUCGCCAUUCAGGCCACGCCCCCAAUGAUCUGUCUCACCUUCAUCAGGUUUAUCAUCAGCGUCAUCACCAGCAUCAUCAUCAUCAUCACCAGCAGCAGCUGCAGCCUGAGCUUGAGCCUGCUGUCAGUAACGGAGGGAACGGAUUUAAUUAUCCCGUCAUAUCACCCCUCUUGAGUCACCUGGAUGCAAAGAGUCAGGAUCAGAAGAGGCUGGUUGCCGCGGACACCACCAACAGACUGCCACAGCUGGUGCUGGAACAUGGUGGGUGUGCGACACAUCCUGCAUUGCCGUUGCCAGGUGAAGUCCCAGGAGAGUCCUCGGUGUGCCCCUACUGCGUCUACUACAACCAACUUAGCGACACCGAAAAUGUUAAUGAGCCUGAAAACCAGCAACAUGGCUACAGCAACUUUUGCCAUGGCAACAGCCCGUGUCAUAGUAACAGCCCGUGCCACUGUACCAGCCCUCACCACGGUGAUGCACAGGUGUCAGAGCCAAAGAAAAGACUGUGGGAACGUUGCUGGGCGGGACUCCGAACUAAACUGGAACUCAUUGUUGGCAGCAGAUACUUCAGCAGAGGAAUCAUGAUUGCCAUCCUUAUUAACACGCUGUCAAUGGGCAUUGAGUACCAUGAACAGCCUCAGGAGCUGACAGAUAUUUUGGAGAUCAGUAACAUGGUGUUCACGAGUCUCUUCAGUCUGGAGAUGCUGCUGAAGGUCCUGGCUCUCGGCUUAUUUGGCUACAUCAAGAACCCCUACAACGGCUUCGACAGCGUGAUCGUCAUCAUCAGUGUGUGGGAGAUUGUGGGUGAGGCUGAGGGAGGCCUGUCGGUGCUGCGUACUUUCCGUUUGCUGAGGGUUUUGAAGCUGGUCCGGUUCCUUCCUGCCCUCAGGAGGCAGCUGGUGGUUCUGAUGAAGACCAUGGACAAUGUGGCCACAUUCUGCAUGCUGCUGAUGCUCUUCAUAUUCAUUUUCAGUAUCUUGGGCAUGCAUCUCUUCGGCUGUAAAUUUGGUUUGCGUCAAGACAGUGGAGACACUUUACCCGACAGGAAGAACUUCGACUCUCUGCUCUGGGCGACCGUCACCGUGUUCCAGAUCCUAACGCAGGAGGACUGGAACGCAGUGCUUUAUAAUGGGAUGGCCUCCACCACGCCAUUGGCUGCCCUCUAUUUCGUCGCCCUCAUGACAUUUGGCAACUACGUCCUCUUCAACUUGCUCGUGGCCAUUUUGGUCGAGGGCUUCCAAGCUGAAGGCGAUGCCAACAGAUCUGAGGCUGAUGAUGAAAGACUGUCACUCACUUACGAUGAGGAAAUGAAGUUGAAAGACCUGUACAAUGCAGAGCUCAAGAUCCAGGCCAUGAUAAUGAGCCCCAAUGGUCUUCUGAACCCAAAAGCCUCCAUGCCACCUCCUCCUCCUCCUCCUCUUCCAGUUAUCACACACACUGCAGCCACGCCCACCAUAAACUCCAUCCAAUCGCGUCGGCCGAGUGGUGCCUCCAUGGACAUUAACAGCCUUGAGCAGAGGUCGAUGUCUCCAUGGGACAGUGGUUCAGAGAGCCGUCGCUCCAGCUGGACCAGCAUGAGUCGGGCCCCCAGCCUGCACAGGAAGAGCCAGUCUGGGGAGAUGGAGUCCCUGCUGUCCGACACCCACACAAGCUCCAACCUCAGCAGCAGGGAGCAGUCUCUGGAUCAGUCCGAGCUCCUCCAGGUGCCCAUGCUGUACCCGCCCGACUGCAACGGCACCACCUACCACCUCUCGGAUCACUGCUACGACGAGGCCCCGACAUCGCAUUACCACACCGAUCAGGAAGAGGACGAGUAUGAGGAGAGUUUAUGUAAGAAGCUGAAGAAGAUACUGGAGCCAUAUGAGCCUCAGUGGUGCCUGGAGCAUGAAGAGUGGUCUCUUUAUCUGUUUGCUCCACAAAACCAGUUCAGGUUGUGGUGUCAGAAGGUCAUAACUCACAAGAUGUUUGAUCAUGUCGUCCUCCUCUUCAUCUUCCUCAACUGUAUCACCAUCGCCCUGGAGAGACCUGAUAUACAGCCCAACAGCAUGGAGCGGGUGUUCCUCAGUGUGUCCAAUUACAUCUUCACUGUGAUCUUCGUGGGGGAAAUGAUGAUUAAGGUGGUUGCGAUGGGCCUCUACUUUGGAAAAGGCGUGUACCUUCAGAGCAGCUGGAAUGUUUUAGAUGGGCUGCUGGUGUUCGUAUCGCUGGUGGACAUUCUGGUCUCAGUGGCGUCGGCAGGUGGAAACCGGAUCUUAGGCAUCCUCAGAGUUCUUCGGUUGCUCCGAACCCUGCGACCGCUCAGGGUGAUCAGUCGGGCUCCAGGUCUGAAGCUGGUGGUAGAGACUCUGAUCACGUCUCUUAGACCAAUUGGGAAUAUUGUGCUCAUCUGCUGUGCUUUUUUCAUCGUGUUUGGAAUUCUGGGAGUCCAGCUUUUUAAAGGGAAGUUCUUCCACUGUGAGGGGCUCGAUGUGAGUAACAUCACCAAUAAAUCCCAGUGCCUGGAGGCCAGGUAUCGCUGGGUUCGACGGAAAUACAACUUUGACAACCUUGGGCAGGCGCUGAUGUCCCUGUUCGUGCUGUCAUGUAAAGACGGCUGGGUCAGCAUCAUGUAUGACGGCCUUGAUGCUGUCGGAGUGGACCAGCAGCCAAUCAGAAACAACAACCCUUGGAUGCUGCUGUUCUUCAUCUCUUUCCUGCUCAUUGUCAGCUUCUUCGUGCUCAACAUGUUUGUGGGUGUGGUGGUGGAAAACUUUCACAAGUGCCGGCAGCAGCAGGAGGAGGAGGAAGCACGGCUGCGGGAGGAGAAACGACAGAGGCGUUUGGAAAAGAGGAGAAGACGGGCCCAGGAGAAACCAUAUUACGCGGACUACUCCCCGUUACGACGAUCAAUCCAUACCGUGUGCACCAGCCACUACCUGGAUCUCUUCAUCACCAUCAUCAUCUUCACAAACCUCCUCACAAUGAGCAUGGAGCACUACAACCAGCCUCAGUAUCUCGAGGAGAUCCUGAAGUACUGCAAUUACGUCUUCACAGUGGUUUUUGUCUUCGAGGCUAUUCUCAAACUCAUCGCUUUUGGCCUUCGUCGCUUUUUCAAAGAGAGAUGGAACCAGCUGGACCUCGCCAUCGUCCUGUUGUCCAUCAUGGGCAUCGCACUGGAGGAAAUAGACCUGAACGCUUCCCUUCCCAUCAACCCUACCAUCAUACGCAUCAUGAGGGUCCUGAGGAUAACCCGAGUACUGAAGCUGUUGAAGAUGGCGACAGGAAUGAGAGCUCUGUUGGACACAGUGAUGCAAGCUCUGCCUCAGGUGGGGAAUCUAGGUCUGCUCUUCAUGUUGCUGUUCUUCAUCUAUGCAGCUCUGGGAGUUGAGCUCUUUGGAAAACUGGAGUGCUCAGAUGAGAACCCGUGUGAGGGUCUUAGUCGCCAUGCCACCUUUGACAACUUCGGCAUGGCUUUCCUCACGCUCUUCAGAGUGUCGACCGGGGACAACUGGAAUGGGAUUAUGAAGGACACUCUGCGAGAGUGUCGUCCACAGGACCGUCACUGCCUCACUUACCUGCCCCUGAUCUCUCCCAUCUACUUCGUCACCUUCGUCCUCACGGCUCAGUUCGUGCUGGUCAACGUGGUCGUGGCCGUUCUGAUGAAGCACUUGGAGGAAAGCAACAAAGAGGCACAGCUGGAGGAGAUGGAGGAGAGGAGGGAGAGGGAGGAGGAGGAGGAGGCGUCACGGAGGCGCCUCAGUAACGCCUCGGUUGGAGUCGACCUGGGGCUGAAUGUGGACACACCUGCCCAGGUGCAAGUCGAGGAAGAGGAGGGUUCCCAUGGCAACCUGCAGAGUAUCGGACGUAUGCUGUCUCUCCCUAGCGACAGCUUUGUUCAGCCACUCAGAUGCUCUCCUUACUCUCCCAUUGGCCCUGAGACCUAUUGUGGUUACAGCUACUCAGGCUCCAUGUCGUCGCUGGGCUCCAGCGGGGGCGGCUCACUGCUGCAGGUUCCAGGAGCGCUGCCCUCCAUCAGCCACGCUUCACUGGGGUCUGGACGGAGCUCAAGGCCCAUGAUCUGCCUAAGCCCGUCACAGAGCAUAGACAGAAACUCGGCACACAGGCUGAGUCCAGCUGACAGUAUGGAGGGCUACAGACUGAGCCCAGCCCACAGAAUUAACAGGCACAGACUUAACUCCGCUCACAGUAUCGACGGAUACAGGUUCAGCCCCGCCCGUCGGAUCAACAGACACAGGCUCAGCUCUGCUCACAGUAUGGACGGAUACAGGCUGAGUCCAGACAGGAGCACAGACAGGCCCAAGCUCAUGUCCAGCCACAGCAUAGACCGACACCACUCACUCAGACUGAGUCCCACACACAGGAGACAGCCUUCCCAUUGGCUCAGUCCUGAAGACAGUUUGGACAGAAACAAGCUGAGCCCGUCCUACGUCCCAGAGAGCUCAGUCCUGAAGAGACCCGCCUCCUUUCACACAACAAACAGACAGUUAAGGAGACAGGAGGCUGUUCGCUGUGACUCUCUGGAUCAGAGCGGUUCAACAGAUGAUCUGGCAGAGCCCCAUCUCCCCGUGCCUGUUGCCUCGUCCACGCCGCCACGCCAGCGAUCAUCCAGCGUACACACAAUGAAAAACCCGCACCCCCAGAGGGUUAUCUCAUGCAGGAGUCACAGCCGGAGUCACAGUGAAACCACUGGACAACAACACAUACCUGAGCAGGCCGUCUGUGGCUCGCAGCCAGAGUCCGACCCAGCUGAGCCCAGGCCCGUCCGCCCGCUGAGCUUUUCCGGUCUAAUUGCGCCCAGCGGUGAGUCCGUCCAAUCAGCUCCCAGCCCCGGCUCGCAGUUAGACGAAGUGGAUGAGGAAGUCAGCCAAAUCACCAGUUCUGCUCACACGCACACACAAAGUCCUGCGAGCUUGUCACACAAAAGCAGACACCAAACGUCGAGCCCAGGGGAGCACAGGAUCCGCCUCAGCCAAUCGGUGUCCCCGGUGUCGGCCCGGAACAGGAAACAGAGGCUGAGCCCGCCGCCUGGGGACCAAGCAGUUACUAUGACAACCCAGCUGAUGGACAGCAAUGUUGAGCUGAGAAGACGGACUCUGUCAUUUGAUUCCACGUCGCUCUCUGCCAAUCAACCGGAGGGCAGUUCUGUGGAUGACUAAACCAACUCAGAGAUGUUUGACCAGUUCUUCUUUGAAGCGGAGGAGCGAGAUGUGCUGCUGAAGCACAACGAGAGGGGCAGGGACUACAAUCCCAAACAGGAGGGACACCUGUUUAGCCGUUUCAGGCCCCGCCCCUUGUCUCCUCAUCCCGUCCAAUCACGUUAUGGUCACAGAGUGCAUGAGACGGGCGCCCUCUGUGACCGUGUGGAUGCAUUUGUUUGUAUGUGUUCAAAGACUUUUUUUUUUCCCUCCGUGCUGUAAUCGGCACACAAGAUGCACACAAGAAGAAUUUUCCUUUUCUCCUGUCAUAGUCCUAGCUUUAGUUCAGAUAUAGUAGUCGCUCCCCUGCUAUAUUUACUCAAACACUAGCCUUCCCUUUGCUUGCUCUCCUCCUUCUACCUUCACUGUCAUCCUUUCCUUGCACCUCAAGCCUAGGUCCAAGUACAAGACGAAGGCACAGUGCUGGUUCUACGACUGAGCGGUCUGAUCAAUGCACAUACACUUCGAACAUACUUAUCCAUAUGUCAACAACUGAUCACUGUAAGACGAACGAGGUGCAGAGACUAGAGUUUAUGUUUACACAGAAGUUAAUUUUUAAAGAAUAAUAAUAAUGCAAAAGUUAAAGCUGAUAAAGAUUUUUUAACCAAGUUUCAUGUUUUAAUAUGAAUUGGUGCUGAUGAGAGAUCAAUACCCAUAAGUAUGUUCACAACUAGGGGAGUUAUUUUGCUGUUAGAUGAGAUGUUUCUUUCAGCAUGUACAUGUAAAGAGAUAGUUAUUCUUAUUUAUUUAUUUAUUUAUAUUUUGGUUUUUGAAUAGGGGGGAUAUAUAGAGAUACAAUUCUUGUACAUAGUUGAUCAAGUCAUGCAAAGCCUUAUUUUGGAGAAGUAUACAGGUGUAGCAGGAAAAGAAGGAUAGGAGUGGACAGCUGUGGACAGGGUCAUAGUUCAGCCACUUAAAACAGGCUUAUGUGGAC